AUGAAGUGGGCUAUCUCCGGCACGCUGCUCGCCUGUUUCGCAACAACAGCAACGGCCUGGCCCUACGAUGAGUCCCUCGUCGACUACAACUUCAACCAGAACCAGUCCGCCACUAAUCCGGCGGACUAUUGGGGAACAUGGCCCAAUCACACUGGGGACUACUUCCCCUCCCCGGACAAUUGGCGCUUCCCUGUCUAUACCCUCUUCCUAGACCGCUUCGUCAACGGUGACCCCACAAACGACAACAUCAAUGGUACCCUGUUCGAGCACGACCUCCGCUCGAAUCAGAUGCGCCAUGGUGGUGAUGUUGCCGGCCUGCUGGACACCUUGGAUUACUUGCAGGGCAUGGGAAUCAAGGGCCUCUAUCUCGCCGGAACAAUCCUGAUGAACCAGCCCUGGGGAUCUGACGGUUAUUCGGCUUUGGAUACGACUUUGCUCGAUCAACACUAUGGUAACCUGCAGACGUGGCGCAACGCCAUCACGGAAAUUCAUAAGCGGGGGAUGUAUGUCAUCUUCGAUAACACCAUCGCAACGAUGGGCGAUUUGAUCGGAUUUGAUGGCUAUCUGAACACUACUACCCCCUUCUCUGUGAAGGAACACCAGACGGUGUGGAAGACUGACCGCCGCUACGUGGACUUCGACAUUGGCAAUGACUACAACGAAACAUGCGAUUACCCCCGCUUCUGGUUUGAGGAUGGCUACCCUGUUCAAGCUUCAGUCACCGAGGAACUGGUCGGAUGUUACAAUAGCGACUUCGACCAGUAUGGUGAUAUUGAGGCCUUUGGUGUUUUUCCCGAUUGGCAACGUCAGCUGGCCAAAUUCGCCUCCGUUCAGGAUCGACUCCGUGAAUGGGUUCCCUCGGUGCGCGAGCGUUUGAUCCGCCACUCCUGCAUUAUUAUCCAGUCCCUCGAUAUUGACGGUUUCCGGUACGACAAGGCAACUCAGGCAACCGUUGACGCUCUCGGAGAUAUGUCCAAUGCGUACCGCGAGUGUGCCCGCGCCGUUGGAAAGGAAAACUUCUUCAUUGCGGGCGAAAUUACGGGUGGUAAUACCUUUGGUUCUAUCUACCUGGGCCGAGGUAGACAGCCAAAUCAGUUUCCUGACUCGGCGGAGGCAGCCAUGAAGCUGACCAACACUUCUGACGCCCAGUAUUUCCUGCGUGAAGUAGGACAUGAGGCGAUCGAUGGCGCAGCCUUCCACUACUCCAUUUACCGAGCACUGACCCGCUUCCUGGGCAUGGAUGGUAAUCUGGCUGCCGGUUACGAUGUGCCGGUCGACUGGGUUGAUGCCUGGAAUCUCAUGCUGCAGUCGAAUGAUCUGGUCAAUGCGAACACCGGCAAGUUCGACCCCCGCCACAUGUACGGGGCUACCAACCAGGAUGUCUUCCGUUGGCCCACUGUGGAAAAGGGCGUGGAGCGCCAGUUACUUGGAUUGUACAUCACGACUCUUCUGCUCCCCGGAAUCCCGCUCCUUCUUUGGGGCGAGGAACAGGCGUUUUACGUUCUGGAUGCCACGGCAUCCAACUACAUCUACGGUCGGCAGGCCAUGUCUCCUGCCACCGCUUGGAGGGAUCAUGGCUGUUUCUCCUUGGAAUCGUCUCAGUACUAUAACUGGCCCAUAGAGUCUGGCCGCCAGGGCUGCCAUGACCCCACGGUGGCCUACGAUCAUCGUGACCCGUCUCAUCCGGUGCGCAAUAUUAUCAAGCACAUGUAUCAGAUGCGCGAACAGUUCCCUGUUCUCAAUGACGGUUAUACUAUUCAAAAGCUCUCGAACCACACCGAAGAUGUGUAUUAUCUCGGUUCCAAUGGCACAGCCACCGAGACAGGACUCUGGUCCAUCCUCCGCGAUGUGAACGCGGAUGUGCAGGAUUUGGGUUCGGAUGCAAACAACCAGCCCGUCUGGUUGGUUUACCACAACACGAAUCGCACCAUUGAUUAUAAGUUUGACUGCUCGGAUAAUGAUACAGCUCUCAUUGCCCCCUUUGAUAGUGGCACCUGGGUCAAAAACCUGUUUUACCCGUAUGACGAGCACCAGCUGAUUGAUUCCCCCACUAAGUUGGGAUUGAACGGAUCGACUGCAUACAGUGGCUGCUUGGCUAAUAUGACCAUGGACGCAUAUGAAUUUCGGGCCUACGUGCCUAAAACCCGCUUUACUAAACCCAGACCGAUGAUCACGAAGUUCACUCCGGGACACGAUGUCCCGAUCCGCUCGACCGUGGCACCGAACGCAGACGAGAAUGUGGAGGUCGAAAUCUACUUCUCCGAAGAAAUGGAUUGCGACUCGGUGACAAAGUCAAUUACCCUUUCAUCGUCGACCGAAAUUGGAAAGGUCCCGUCCGUCGAUUCUAACAGCGUCAACUGCAAGUCAGUUCCCGCCACUAACACCAGCUGGACCGGCCAGAUCCCCGGGGUGUGGCUGUGGGCGGCCAACCUGACAGGCGUUUACAACGGCAUUCAUCGUCUAACGGUCAACAAUGUCAGCACAGAGAGUGGGAAUGCGACCACCAAUGCGGUCGACCAUUUCCUCUUCCGCAUCGGCCAGAUCGAUAAUCCCAUGAUUUUCACCAGUGCGAACUAUUCGAGUAGUUUGCUCCAUGAGGAAUCCAACGGUACUCUUUUCAUCCAGCACCACGCCGCUGGUGCUGAUAAGUAUCGCUAUUCAACCAAUUGGGGGACCACUUUCUCCGACUGGAUGGACUACAAGGGCGGAAAUGACACUAUUGAGGAACUCGAAUGGUCGGGAACCAAGAAACAGUCUUGGAAAGGGAACCAUGUCCGCGUCGAGUAUUGGAGUCGGUGGACCGGCAGCAGCGACUACGUCCAAGAGGGAGACGCGGGCUGGGACGAGAAAGUCCCUCGCCGUUUCCCUCACGUCUUCUUCAACGGUCCUUACAACCAGUAUGGAUAUGAUGCAGGUCUGGACAACGUGGUCCGGCAGGACAGCGUAGACGGUCUCUGGAAAUACCAUUUCACCGCGGAAUGGCCUGCUCAGGCUCAAUUGAACAUCUGGGGCAUGAACCCUGACGGGGAGCCUGACCAAAGUUGGGUCCUAGGUGACGCUGACAAUGAUUCCGUUCUCGAUCGCAUGCCGCCCUCUUCGCUAUCCGCCACACUGAUUAACAUCACUGAACAUCCUCCCUCUCCCUACAUCUCGUGGAAUAUCUUCAUUGAUGACGGGACCAUGCGCUUCCAGCUGUUCCCUGUCGGGCAUCAGAAUACUCAGAUCGCCAUGUAUGUGCUCUUUUGGAUCAUCCCCGUCAUCACGGGCGCAGCCGGUGUGUGGGCUUUCAUGAAGUCUUUCUACAAGGUCAAAUUCAACCAGGUUGGUGUGAGCGAGAAGCACCAGAUGAUCCCAUUGGCUCUGCGCCGGAAGUUCAAGCGCAAUCGUGGCAUGGAUGAGGAGAACUCAAACCCUCUUAUGCGUCUGGCAAACAAGUCCGGGUUCCUCCAGACCGACACGGCGAUUGGCGGUGCUGCUAGCGGCAAGCGUCGCAUGGUUCUGAUUGCCACCAUGGAGUACGACAUUGAGGAUUGGGCCAUCAAGAUCAAGAUUGGUGGCCUUGGUGUCAUGGCGCAACUCAUGGGUAAGACUCUGGGUCAUCAAGACUUGAUCUGGGUGGUGCCCUGCGUCGGGGGCGUUGAUUACCCCGUGGAUAAACCCGCAGAGCCCAUGCACGUCACCAUUCUGGGCAAUUCAUACGAAGUCCAGGUCCAGUAUCACGUCUUGAAUAACAUAACCUACGUUUUGCUGGAUGCCCCUGUGUUCCGUCAACAGUCCAAGUCAGAGCCUUACCCCGCCCGCAUGGACGACCUGAACAGCGCCAUUUACUACUCCGCCUGGAAUCAGUGCAUUGCUGAGGCCUGCAAGAGAUUCCCGAUCGACCUCUAUCAUAUCAACGAUUACCACGGUUCCCUGGCUCCUCUGUAUCUACUCCCAGAUACAGUGCCUGCCUGCCUUUCCCUGCACAACGCCGAGUUCCAAGGUCUGUGGCCCAUGCGGACGCAGAAAGAAAAGGAGGAAGUUUGCUCCGUGUUCAACCUGGAUAUCGAGACCGUGAGGCAUUACGUGCAGUUCGGCGAGGUGUUCAACUUGCUCCACUCGGGUGCUAGCUAUCUUCGUGUUCACCAACAGGGUUUCGGUGCUGUCGGUGUGUCCAAGAAGUAUGGAAAGCGGUCCUACGCGCGUUACCCCAUUUUCUGGGGUCUCCGUAAGGUUGGAAACCUACCUAACCCUGAUCCGUCCGAUGUCGGUGAAUGGAGCAAGGAACAGGCCAGCGCCAUGGGUGAUAAUGUGACCGUGGAUCCGACUUACGAAGCUGGACGAGGCGACCUCAAGCGUCAAGCUCAGGAGUGGGCCGGUCUGGAACAAAACCCUGACGCCGAUUUGCUUGUCUUCGUUGGUCGUUGGUCGAUGCAGAAGGGUGUUGAUUUGAUCGCCGACGUCAUGCCUGCUGUCCUGGAAGCGCGCCCCAAUGUGCAGCUCAUUUGUGUUGGACCGGUUAUCGAUCUCUACGGUAAAUUCGCAGCCCUCAAACUGGACCAUAUGAUGAAGGUCUACCCUGGACGAGUGUUUUCCAGACCCGAAUUCACGGCAUUGCCCCCCUACAUCUUCUCUGGUGCUGAAUUCGCGCUGAUUCCCUCUCGUGACGAGCCCUUUGGUCUGGUCGCCGUCGAGUUCGGACGUAAGGGAGCUUUGGGUAUCGGUGCCCGGGUUGGUGGUCUCGGUCAGAUGCCAGGUUGGUGGUACAAUGUGGAAUCGACUGCUACUUCUCAUUUGCUCGUUCAAUUCAAGCUGGCUAUCGAUGCGGCGCUCAGUUCGAAAACGGAAACUCGUGCCAUGAUGCGUGCCCGGUCCGCCAAACAGCGCUUCCCGGUGGCCCAAUGGGUGGAAGACUUGGAGAUCUUGCAAACCACCGCCAUCCAAGUGCACAACAAGGAAUUAGUCAAACAUAAUGGUCGACCCUUCACCCCGUCUGGAACUACCACGCCGAAUGGCAUCUUGAGCCAGCCGUCAAGCCCACUGAUGCCCCCGGGAAUGCAGACCCCCAUGGCCCAUUCUCGGGACAGCAGCUAUUCGAACCUGAACCGUCUCAGUGAAUAUGUCACAGAUCCGAAAACAAACUACAGUCGCGAUAUCAGCCCCAGCGGUACUGAAAAGCCGCGGUCCGGUCUGCAACGGCAGCUCUCACUUGGUGUUCGCUCCGGACCUGGUCAUCAAGAGCGCCGUGGCCGUCGUGGACGCCAACGCGACAGUAUCCCCGAACACGAAGACACCGCCGGGGCCAUGACUGACGUUGAAGAAGACCACGAGGAUAUUGGCGAUCAGCAGGACGCGGACGACGAGUACACUCUCACCCCGGCCCAGGUCGAGGAAGGGCGUCGCUUGCAGGCGGUCCAGCAGCAGGGAGUUGGUAUGCCCACGAGCCCAGGCAUUCGCCGUUAUAGUCAAGACUCCUUGCAUCCGCGACAGCUUCCUAGCAGCCCUGGACCUGUUCCCACUCCUACACAGAGCCUCCUCCCGCCACCCAGGCUUGGGGAUGCCGGUAGCCGACUCAGUAGCGCAUCUGUUCUAUCUCUGGACUCGGUCGUUGGCACCAAGACGGACUUUAAGCUGCAGAAGGUCGACCCCUUCUUUACGGAUUCUACCGGCGAGUACUACAAGGCAUUCGACAAGAAGCUGACCGGCUUGAACGGCUCGAACUCCGAAUCCCAGCUUUGCAUUGAAGAAUAUCUCAUCAAGAGUGAAAAGGAAUGGUUCGACAAGUUCCGCGAUGCUCGACUGGGUCGCCUGAAAUCCCCCGCUUCGUCCGUCUUCCGGGACAAACAUGGUGCCUCCCCCGUUGGUUCAUACUACGAUGACACUGGCUCUCGGGUGAGUGGCGACGAUGAUCGAGAGUCUCGUGAUACGGAAGACGACGAGUUCCUCCUGGGUAAGGAUUACGUGCCUCCGACGGGUCUGCGCAAGUGGAUGCAGAUUCGUGUCGGAGACUGGCCAGUCUACUCGUUGUUCCUUGCCUUGGGUCAGAUCAUUGCAGCAAACUCUUAUCAGGUGACCUUGCUUACCGGUGAGGUCGGUGAGACGGCUGAGAAGCUUUAUGGUAUCGCUACCACCUACCUGAUCACCUCAAUCCUCUGGUGGCUCGUGUUCCGUUACUUCAAAUCGGUGGUUUGCCUCUCGGCUCCCUGGUUUUUCUAUGGCCUUGCCUUCCUCCUGAUCGGCUCCGCCCACUUCGAACCCAAUUCAUUCAACCGCGGUUGGAUCCAGAAUAUCGGCAGUGGAUGCUACGCCGCUGCCUCCUCUAGCGGUUCCAUCUUCUUCGCUCUGAACUUUGGUGAUGAAGGUGGUGCGCCGGUUGAAACCUGGAUCUUCCGGGCCUGUCUCAUCCAGGGUAUCCAGUCGGCUUAUAUUAUCGGACUCUGGUACUGGGGUUCUACCCUGACCAAGGCAUCCAGCCAGGGUUUGUUGACCUCGACGAACAAUAUCGCCAACAGCUGGAAGAUGACUGCCAUCUGUUACCCGAUUGCAAUCUUCCUCUGGGCUGUUGGAUUGUUGUUGCUCUUCGGACUUCCCAACUACUAUCGCCAGACUCCUGGAAAGGUGGCCUCCUUCUACAAGUCCGUAUUCCGCCGCAAGAUCGUCAUCUGGAACUUCGUUGCCGUCAUCCUUCAAAACUUCUUCCUUAGCGCACCUUACGGUCGCAACUGGGGCUUCCUUUGGUCUUCCAACCACGCUAAGGCCUGGCAAAUCGUCAUCCUAUGUAUCGUCUUCUACGGGUUCGUCUGGGCGGGCUUCCUGUUCGUUGUCAGCCGCUAUUUCAAAUCCCACAGUUGGUUCCUGCCCGUGUUUGCGUGCGGACUCGGGGCGCCUCGCUUCAUACAAAUCUGGUGGGGUGUCUCGGGCAUUGGCUACUACCUUCCCUGGGUCUCCGGAGGCUAUCUCGGCGGAGCUCUGGCCUCACGGAGUCUCUGGCUCUGGCUGGGUGUGUUGGAUUCGAUCCAGGGUCUCGGGUUCGGUAUUAUCCUGUUGCAGACCCUGACCCGCAUGCACAUGCUGUUCACCUUGAUCUGCUCGCAGGUGCUUGGUUCCAUCGCCACCAUCUGUGCGCGAGCGUUUGCCCCGAAUAACGUUGGGCCCGGUCCUGUGUCGCCGGACCCUACCUUUGGAGGAAGUUCAGUGGCCAAUGCGUGGUUCUGGGUGGCCCUGUUUUGUCAGCUGUUGGUGUGUGCUGGCUUCCUCCUCUUCUUCCGGAAAGAACAGCUUUCCAAACCUUGA